GUGCUUUGCAACAUCAAACCAUCAUCAACUAACUCGUGGUCGCCCCUAAGAUGUCCCGCCAGCAGCAGCAGCAUGAAGAGACAGACGAAGUUUCCGCGAGAAACAAGUCCAUGUUCCAUCGAGUCCGGCAAGCCCAAGUCAGUGGUCGCAUGACCACGUGGAAACCGCUUCCAUCGGCGGCGAUGGGGUCGAGCCUGCACGACCGGCCGCUUCUCGUGCACCCGAAUAUUGACUCGCUCUUGCCGGUGCUGGACACACAUCCGAAGCGAUUGCUCAAGCAAAUGAACCAUCUAGAUGCGUUGCUCAAUGCGCACCAACUGUCCGACGUCGUCGUGCCCCUGCAAGCGCUCAGUCGAUCGAUCGUGCCGCCGACCGGCAUCCCCACGCGAAUGGACGACCGCGACAACUUCAUUCAACUGGGCGGCCCCGAACUUCUGCAGCGCAUCCUGUUUGCCAUCCUCCGGGAUCGGUCCAUGGAGCUCUUCCCCGGCGCGUGGCCUCCCGGCACUUCGUCGCGGCCGCUGCACUACUCGUACCGCGAAGAAACCGCGCGGCGGCGCAGUCGCAUGGCCGGGUCGGACGUCGCGACCCAGGACAAGCUGACGGCGCUGGCGGAAUCUCUCAACUUCCUGCGGGAGCUGUGCUUCGUGGCGCCGACUCUGGCCAAGCAGCUAGGACAGGACGACAGCCUGACCAUCGUGCUGUUCCAGCUCAUGGGCAACACCAUCUUCUUCGAGCACGCCGCGGGCCUCGUCGAGGAAAUCCUGAGCAUUCGCGACAUCUCGUUUGAUUUGAGCCUCGUUCCGGACUUUCACACGACGAUUCAAACGUUUUCUUCGCGACAAUUGGCGUUUUUCUGUCGCAUCUUGGCGCUGAUUGUGUUUGAGCCAGAGGACCGUCGGCUGCUCGAAAACUCGCGCGUAAUAAAAUCUGUCGAGUUGCUGCGCCUUCGUCGCGAACGCAUGCAAAAAGCUGACAACACCGUGGACCGUAACCACGCCGUGCUAUUCCGCACGCCAUCCGUCUUGAACCGCCUCAUGCUGGUACUUCAGCUGCAGAACUACCUAUUUGCCAUCAACCCAGCCUACGACCCAUACUCGCACGAGAUCCAGUCGUCCACAGAAUGGGCCAUGCUAUUUUCGCUCGAACAGCAGGAAGAGUGGGAUUUGCUGGAUAACCCGACGGUGGCCACGGUGCUGCGCGAAGCCAUGGAGAAUGACCAGAGCAAUGACGCGGCGACGUCACCGGAGCAGAGUUUGUUCAAUUUGAGCUCGACAUAUUUUCGAUCGUUGAUGUCCAGGCAACGACUGCAACACCAUCGGUCUGUGGCAACGGCGCUGGACCGGACCGACGUCGAAGCCGAGUUACUCGUCAAGAGCAUCGCAUUGGCGCCAUUUCGGGUGGAAGUGCUGUUUGUGAUCUGCACGCUGCUCAGCUCCAAGCGCAAAGUGGACUUUCAGGAUGCGUUGGCCGAGAUGGGGCUCGUGGACAUUUUGAACCAGAUGUUUCUGCGACUCAAGUGGAACGAGCCGCCGCCGACGCCGCCGUCGCAACCGCUGCAUGGCCCUGGGUGUGAAUGCAGCAUGGAUGCGAGUUUAAAAAUUCAAUUUUUGCGGUUGAUUCACAAUUUCUGCGACCGCGACGUCCAAGACCACACCAAUAAAUUGCUGCUCUUGUCCCCUGCCGAACAACACAGUGUGCGCACGGGCGACCGAUUGGACCCGGCGCGACGUGGAAAGGGCUUGCUGUGCAAAAUCAUCGACGUGCUGGUACUCCAGCCCGCCGACAGCAUCUACCGCUUCUGGCUCGCAUCGUGCGUCGAGUCGUUUCUCCGCCGAUCGUCCCCCGCGGAGCAACUGUUUGUCGCCCGCACGCCGUUGCUGGCGGCGUUGCUAAAGGAGAUUCUGAGCUGCGGGUUCAGACCUUCGGGCAGUUUGCAGUCGGCGUUCGAUCUGCUGGGCGAAAUGACCAAGAACAACCCGACCACCCUCGUGCUAUUUAGCGAUUCGAUGGACGACGUCCAGUUUGCCUCGUUUAUGCAGGUGGUGGUGUCUAAUUUGGUCGACUCAAACGUGUUUGUGCGGUCGAUGCUGCUAUCCGUGGAGACCCAUCCUCGGACGUCGGCCAUGUUUCCGUCGUUGGCGCGGCUGUUUGAGUUUUUGCAGCUCAAUUCCGUCCGUCUGCUUCGCCACCUCAUGACGAUCGUGACCCUGGACGACAUCAACCACGAAAACAUUUGCUGUCUCAACACGGCCGUGGUCAUGCUGGUCUUCGAGCACCGCCAGCGCCGACUCCCGCGUAUGCUCGAGGCCCUGCGCCAGCUACAAACUGAAGUCGACGACGGCAAUACUGACUUGUGCGUCAACUUUCGAUCGCUGCUGUGGUUCUGGGUGCAGUACUAUGUUCCCCGCGGCAGAGACCGCCUCAGCCUAGAGCAUUCCUCCGACAUGAAGUUCAAUGAAUGGUACUCUGUCGUGGCGCUGCUGUGCGCGGACGAUGGGUCGCCCGCCGCGCUGCUGCCGGCGCCCACCCUCCUGCCGGCGUCGCCGUACGUGGUGCAUCACAUGUCGUCGGGUCCACGGGCGUCGUCUGCUCACCACCCGUACGCGUACCCGACUCGACGCAUGUAAUACAGUAGUCAACACGAGAGUACCAGCAGCAGCCUCCUCUUGGUCUGCUUGUACUACUUUGGACUUACAAGUAGUAUGCUUAUCGUUCGUACACUAUUACAAGUGUAUACUUCGAUGUUUAUAUACUAGUAUAUAUAUAUAUAGAUAGUACAGGAG